AUGCAGAAAUUUGUGGCCAAGGCCACAAUAUUAGCUAAAAUGGCGGCUAUGCGCCUUAACAGACCAAUGGCAGUUGAAGGAAAGACAGAUGCAAAGUCACUAGAAUCUUCAAUUAGAGCUGUUGCCAUGCUACAGAAAAUGACAGCACUCUUGGAAACAGCACAGGCGAUACAUCAUAAAUCACCGGUGGUGUCUGUGGGCCGUAUAAUUGGUGCCGCUGGGGACCAAACGGACAACGAAGCCAAAUCAAAAUCGGGUAUUAAAAAACCAAUCGAACGGUUGCAUAACCUACACGAACAAGAAUGGCGCAUCAUGAAACCUGGUAAAGAACGAGAAACAAGACAUUUAAGAUGGCGCAAGUGA